AUUCUAACUGAAAAAGGGGAUGAUUCUAAUAUAGCUUUGAAAAUCCUUCCAUCGUCAUUUUUCUCCGUCCGUCUUCAGAAUCGUUUUCUCAAUCAUGGCGUCUCUGCAGUCUUCUUGCAGACUGCGGUUCCUUUUCGGAUUUUACUGGAUAUCAGCAGCGUUGUUCUAUGUUUUAUUUAAUGCUGUUACUGGACAAAUCCGCUACUCCAUUCCAGAAGAAAUGAAAAAAGGCUCUCCUAUUGGUUAUAUUGCACAGGAUCUUGGUUUGGAUUUAAGAAGGCUCCGUUCUGGCCGGGCCCGUAUCGUGACCGGAGAAAGCAUCCAGUACACCGAGCUGAAGGUAGACAAAGGGAUUCUUGUAGUGAACGAGAGAAUAGACCGAGAACAGCUUUGUGGAGACCUUGCCUCAUGCAGUUUUAGUCUUGAAAUUAUUUUAGAAAACCCUAUGGAGCUGUAUCCCGUAACAAUUGAAGUUUUGGAUGUAAAUGACCAUAGUCCCGUGUUUAAGAAAACAGAUAUUAUUUUAGAGAUUAGUGAGUCCGCUAAUCUUGGAGCUCGAUUUGUUCUGGACAGUGCAGAGGACCCUGAUGUUGGCGUUAAUGGUUUGCAGAAUUAUGUUUUAACGCCCAACGAAAAUUUUGUUUUGAAACAGCAUGUUAAUCCAGACGGAAGUAAAUACGCAGAGAUUGUUGUGCAAAAACAACUAGACCGAGAGGAGUUACCUCAUUUAUCUUUGAGGCUUGUUGCAGUAGAUGGCGGUACUCCACAACGAUCUGGCACCGUGAAUAUACAUAUAAAGGUUUUAGAUGUAAAUGAUAAUGCUCCCGUGUUUACCCAAUCUGUAUAUGAGGCCACUGUGACAGAAAAUGCUGCAGCUGGCACACAGGUUCUCACGAUCAACGCCACAGACGCGGACAGUGGAACUAAUGGUCACAUAAUUUAUUCGAUUUCAAACGCAAAGAGUAACAUUGCUGAAUUGUUAUCCAUUGAUCCGUAUUCUGGGGUUUUAUCCGUUUCUGGUUCAAUCGAUUUUGAAAAGGAUAAAAAGUAUGAGCUUAGAAUUGAUGCUAAGGAUCAAGGGGGGUUGACUGAUUCAAGUAAAGUGGUAAUUGAAGUGAUCGAUGUAAAUGAUAAUGCCCCUAUCAUAAACGUAAUGUCCUUUACAAGCCCCCUGUCAGAGGAUUCUCCUCCUGGAACAACUAUUGGUAUAAUUAAUGUAAAAGAUCUGGAUUCAGGUGACAAUGGAAAGGUUAGCUGUACAAUUGAAGGGAAUAUUCCGUUUAAAAUAAAGUCUAAUCUAAGAAAUUAUUAUACUUUAACCACAGAUUCUGUAUUAGAUCGUGAAACUGUGUCAGAAUAUAAUAUCACAGUAUCUGCCACUGACAGUGGAGUACCUCCUCUAUCGACCAAGAAAAAAUUUCAUUUAAAAAUAUCUGAUAUAAAUGAUAAUGCUCCGGUUUUUUUACAAAAUAUUUACACUGCUUUUAUAAGAGAAAAUAAUCCUCCAGGUACUUCUGUUAUAACAUUGUCAGCUAAAGAUUUGGACGAGAAACAACACGCUCGCAUAUCAUAUACACUCGAGCACAUAACUUUUGCUGGAUUGCCAAUAUCGGAAUAUGUUUCUGUUAAUGCAGAAAGUGGAUUGAUAGAGGCGGUCAGAUCAUUUGAUUAUGAGCAAAUCAAAGAGCUAGGUUUUAUUGUUAAAGCACAGGAUGGAGGCUCUCCUCCUCUCAGUAGCAACGUGACUGUGAAAAUCCUGAUACAGGACCAGAACGAUAACCCUCCUCAGGUUCUGUACCCAGUCCAGACUGGUGGCUCUGCAGUGGCUGAAAUGGUGCCUCGUUCAGCAGAUGUGGGCUACCUGGUGACUAAAGUGGUGGCUGUUGAUGUGGACUCCGGACAGAACGCCUGGCUCUCAUAUAAACUGCAGAAAGCUACAGACAGAGCGCUGUUUGAAGUGGGCUUACAAAAUGGAGAAAUAAGAACAAUCCGUCAGGUGACUGAUAAAGAUGCUGUGAAACAGAGACUGACUGUUAUAGUGGAGGACAACGGGCAGCCCUGUCGUUCAGCAACAGUUAUUGUUAAUGUUGCACUGGCUGAUAGCUUUCCAGAAGUGCUCUCGGAGUUCACGGACUUUCCACACGAUAAGGAGUACAAUGACAACCUGACAUUUUACUUAGUGUUAGCACUGGCUGUGGUCUCCUUCCUAUUCAUUACAUGUUUGGUGGUUAUUAUAUCGGUGAAGAUCUACAGAUGGAGACAGUCCCGCAUCCUAUACCACUCCAGCCUCCCUGUGAUUCCUUAUUAUCCACCACGUUACUCAGACACUUUGGGAACAGGGACUCUACCACACGUUUACAAUUAUGAGGUGUGCAGGACCACUGACUCUAGAAAAAAUGACGUUAAGUUUGGAAGAGAUGGCAGUCAAAACGUGUUGAUAAUGGACCCCAGUUCAUCAGGGACGAUGCAUCGGAUGCAAAGUGAGAAGAGUAUCCUCGAUGAACCCGACUCUCCUCUUGAGGUUGGUUAUACAUAAAAAUGAUUAAAUGUU